CCGGAACGCAGGGCCAUGGCUGCCGUUUCCAGCCGAGCCGGGCGGCGGCGGCCGCGGGCCGUUCCUCGUUUCCCUCCGGGUUCCCGACGGCAUGGCGGGGGCGGGGAAGGUGUUCGCUACGCUGAGGAGUCACUGGAAGAAAACCACGUUCGGUGUGUGCUUGCUGAGCUGGGGGGGGAACUGGCUGUACGGGAAGCACUGGUUUUUGGCAACGAACUGAUUCCUUCCAAUAUGCCUUUGAAGAAAGCAACAGUGUUCCUCAAUCCAGCAGCUUGCAAAGGCAAAGCCAGGAACCUUUUUGAGAAGAAUGCUGCUCCAAUUUUGCACCUGUCUGGCUUGGAUGUAAAUAUAGUUACGACUGAUUAUGAAGGACAAGCAAAAAAACUGAUGGAACUGAUGGAAAACACAGAUCUGAUCAUUAUUGCAGGAGGAGAUGGCACAGUACAAGAGGUCAUAACUGGACUUCUUCGCAGAGCGGAUGAGGCUGCUUUCAGUAAGAUUCCUAUAGGAUUCAUACCUCUUGGAAAGACCUGCACAUUGAGCCACACUCUCUACCCUGAGAGUGUGAACCAAGUACAGCAUAUUACUAACGCUACCUUGGCUAUUUUGAAGGGAGAGACAGUUCCACUUGAUGUGUUGCAGAUCAAGGGAGAAAAGGAGCAGCCCGUGUUUGCACUGAGUGGUUUAAGAUGGGGAUCUUACAGAGAUGCGGGAGUUAAAGCUAGCAAGUACUGGUACCUUGGGCCUCUGAAAACCAAAGCAGCUCACUUUUUCAGUACGUUUAAGGAAUGGCCUCAGAAGCACCAAGCUGCUCUCAUGUAUCUGGGUCCAACUGAGAGACCUCCAGAUGAGCCGGAGGAGAAGCCAUCCAGGCCUCCUUUGUACGUGAGGCUUUACAGACGACUUUGCUUAUACUGGUCACCUCCACGAAAAGAAAUACCCCAGGAGGUUGCCCCGGAGGACUGGCAAGAACUGAAGCUCUCCACCGUUGAGCUUUCCAUUGCAACUCAGAACAGACAGCUUGAUCUGACACGCACUGAAGACUUCAUGAAUAUUUGCAUUGAAGCAGAUACUGUCAGCAAAGGACAGUUUGUGAACAGAGGAAGUCAGAAGAUGCGUGAUCCACAUAUGUGUCCUGAAGACAGUCAAUGCAUUCAAGCUAGCAGAUGCAUCUUGCAACUUCCAGAGGGCACUGAGGGAUCCUUUGGCAUUGAUAACGAGGAAUACGAAGCUAUGCCUGUGGAGGUGAAGCUGUUACCCCGGAAACUUCGGUUCUUCUGUGAUCCCAGAAUGAGAGAGCAGAUGCUCCGUGCAGCCGUACAAUGAGAAUUAAUAUCAAAGGGGUCACUCUUCACCACUCCUGCCAGGUUCUCUUCAAGGCAUGUCCUCACUAACUGGAUUAACCCCACCAGAUUAACAAGCCAUUCAGCUACUUUACGCACAAGGUACCUCCACUGAAGGUGGCUAUUUGGCUAGUCUCAAGGGGUUUGAAAAUGCAAGUUAAAAUUCUAAGAAUUGCGUGUUAACUCGAUGGCAUUUUUUCCCCCCUGAAUUCAAUUGUGUUCCAUUCACAGCACUACAGGUUGAGUGCUGUGUGCCAGAUGCUACUGCUUUAAUGCAAUUGUACAUAAAAGCAAAAUGAAAGAAUACUUGUCCUUGCGCUGUAAAAGUUUACAUCAUCUAUGUAUAAAUCUCAGGAAAGCUGGGAUCUCGGAAGAAUUUGUUUUGGGGGGGUCUAAUGCUAAGUAUAUGAAAUGUGGGAAUUGCUAUAUGAAACAGCUGAACGCGUAUCUACUCUGUCCCAAAAUAAAUUGGAUAUCAGUGGCAUGAUUUCAAAGCAAGUUUGAAAA